UUUGGUAGCCAAAGCUUCUACAAAAACCUCCCAUAUUUGAGGUAACCCUAUGAGGAGCAAGUCUCCAACGAAGCACUCACUGUAUCCAAAAUAUGCUUCCAAACAUCAUAUUCUGCACUGCAGUCUCUAUAGCCAUACUAACAGUUGCCCUCUUAACCUUAUUCUCCCCAGUACCCCAUGCAGAGAACCCCAAUGAUCCUUGGUUGGCUCUCUCUCUGUAUAUCCAACAAUCACAAGUACCCAGCUCCGGUACAAAGCGGGUGGCACAAUCGAGCGAUGGAGCUUUGCUUUUCCACCGGAAACUCACGCAGGGGCCGGAAAACACUUCUCCGGUUAUUGGAAAAGCUCAGGGCUUCAUAAUCCCUGUCCAGCACUUUGCGCAUUCGGCAUUCAAUCUUAUUUAUCUCAGUUUUCAUACACGAGAGUAUUCGGGGAGCCUUAGUGUUGAAGCCAAGAAUUUUGCGCACAAGGAGAGAGGAAAACUUGAUGUUGUUGGAGGCACUGGUUCCUUUGCGUUUGCUCGCGGGUUUGCUGUUUUCACACAAAUAGAUCACGAAUUCUUUCACUUAAAGCUACACCUUAAAUUCCCCAAUCGAUCCCAUAUGAUACCGUGAUAACUUACACGUUAACGGUUCUAUCAUCA